UUAGUGGCUGAGUUUUCUGUGAAGGGACCAACUGAGCCUGUUAUGGUUCUGCUAGGGACAGAUGCCACACUGCCCUGUCAGCUUUCUCCUGAACAGAGUGCAGCCCACAUGCACAUCUGGUGGAAUAGAUCUCAGCUCUCCUCUACAGUGCUUAUGUACCAGAAUGGACAGGAACAAGAUGGAGAACAAAUGCUGGAGUACCGUGGCAGGACAGAGUUACUGAGAGACUCCAUUGACAAGGGAGCUGUGGCUCUGCGGAUCCAGCAUGUCCGUGCCUCUGAUGAUGGCCAGUACCAGUGUCAUUUUAAGGAUGGACCCAUCUCCCAAGAGGCCAUUUUGGAACUGCAUGUUAUAAGUUUGGGUUCUACUCCUCGCGUACACAUGGCAGGACCUGAAGAUGGUGGGAUCAGGGUAUUGUGCUCCUCAGGAGGUUGGUUUCCAAAACCCAGAGUUCAGUGGAAUGACGAGUCUGGAAUGAAGCUUCUGUCCCUCUCUGAGUCCUUGAGUCAAGACAGAGAUGGGCUCUUUCAUGUAGAGACAUCUCUUGUGGUCACAGACAAGUCUCUGGGUAAUGUGACCUGCUCCAUUCAGAAUCCUAUCUCCAGACAAGAGAAAAAGUCACUCAUUUUCCUCCCAGAACCCUUCUUCCCUAGGAUAUCUCCAUGGAAAGCAGCUCUGAUAGGUACUGUUCCUGUGCUGGGGUUCCUCAUUGUUGGGAUUAGUUAUAUUGGUUGGAAAGAGCAUCAUGCCAAAGAGAGAGAAGUUAGAAAACGAGAGAAAGAAUUUCUGGAAAGAGAUCGGGUGAAAAAAGAAAAGGAAGAUGCAUCUAAAGUCAAAGAAAACCUUAAGGCAGAGCUUGAAAGACGAAAGUUCUUAUAUGAUGCAGAUUGGAAGAAAGCAUGGCUAUAUCCUGACUGGAGAAAGGAACAUUUUCAGUUGGCUAACGUGACUUUAAAGCAUGAACACUUUAAUCAGAAUCAAUCUUAUCCAGAGGACAAAGAGAAUCUCAAAGAGUUAACACAAGUUGGACAUAUAAGCAGUGAGGAAGAAGAUGACAACUUUAUCAAACUUAAUCAAAGUUAUUUCACUUCAGGGAGAUAUUAUUGGGAAGUGGAUUUAAAAGGUACUGGCGAGUGGACUUUAGGUGUUUAUGAGAAGGAAAUAAGGAAAGACAACUCACUCCAACAUUCAUCUAUAAAAAAACUUAGAGUCUUAGAGAAGAAGGGAUGUGAAUAUAGAGCUCUUACUUGUGGUUUCCAAGACAAUUCCAGGGAAGAAAGCAUCCAGAUAAAAAAUGUUCCACAAAAGAUUGUGGUUUUCUUGGACUAUGAGGAUAAUAACAUUUCUUUCUACAACCUUACUGAUCGUACUCACAUUCACACCUUCACCCAACCCAGCUUUACUGGAUCACUCUGUCCUUACUUCAAACCGAAUUUCGUGGACUUCUACCCAGAAACUCAAUAA